AUGCUCGUCAUAUCCGUCAUAUGCUCUUUCAGGAAGUUAUCAAUUGAACACAUUACACAUAUACUUUAUAUCCCUGCGGCAUCUGUCUGGUUCACAUACUCUCUGCCAAAGAUUAUUCCCAUAACUAAUAAUGAGAAUGGAACUAUCAAUGAUAGAGUUCUGCACUUGGAAGCAAAGCUGAGUGUUGUCUCUCUGGUCAACGUGAAGUUUGGCGAGAUGCGGCUCUACGGGCUUCUGUUACUUUGUCUUUCCUUCUGGACGUCGCAUUCAGUGUUUAAAAUACCUUUAAAAAUGUUUGCGGGGAAAUUUAACGCGUCUGUGCAGUUGGACCUCAGGUCUUUGCGACAGAAUGAAAGCUCAGUGGAGAAUGGACUUUCCUUGGCAUCGGAUCCAGCCGGGAUUGUCAACUUUCUUGACAUGAUCAAUAAUUUAAAAGGAGACUCUGGUAGGGGAUAUUACAUGCAGAUGGUCAUUGGGACUCCGGGACAAACGUUGAACAUCCUGGUUGAUACUGGAAGCAGCAACUUUGCUGUAGCUGGAGCAGCACAUCCCUACGUCACACAUUACUAUAAUAGAGCACUUUCCAAUACAUAUCAGAGCUCUGGGAGGGGAGUUGCAGUAAAAUACACACAGGGAGAAUGGGAGGGGGAACUGGGAACUGACCGCAUCACCAUUCCUCAAGGGCCCAGUGGUAGCAUCACCAUCAACAUAGCUGCAAUCCUCACCUCAGAAGGCUUCUUUCUGCCUGGAAUCAACUGGCAGGGAAUUCUUGGACUUGCAUAUCCUCUAUUAGCUCGGCCUGACCCAUCAGUGGAGCCCUUCUUCAACUCUGUUGUGAGACAGACCGGCAUUCCAGAUGUGUUUUCUCUCCAGAUGUGUGGAGCAGGAGUCUCUGCCAGCACUACAGCUGACCCAGCGGGCGGCAGCCUGAUCAUGGGAGGAGUUGAGCCCACUUUGUACCGGGGUUCAGUUUGGUACACACCAAUCCUAGAAGAAUGGUACUAUCAAGUGGAAGUCUUGAAGCUUGAAGUUGGAGCUCAAAAUUUAAACCUAGACUGCAAAGAGUACAACUCAGAUAAAGCCAUUGUGGAUAGUGGGACGACUUUACUGCGACUUCCUGGAAAUGUGUUUAGUGCUGUGGUGGACACCAUUAUGCAAACAUCACUGAUUGAGGAUUUCUCUGCGGGAUUUUUUGAUGGCACUAAGCUUGCAUGUUGGAUGAGAGGCGAAUCACCAUGGAGGCUUUUUCCAAAAAUCUCAAUCUACCUCAGAGCAACGAACACCAGCCUGUCCUUUCGCAUCACCAUUCUCCCACAGCUGUACGUUCAGCCAGUCACUAAUAUUGACAGCACAUUAGACUGUUUCCGUUUCGGAAUCUCCCCUUCAGCAAACGGCUUAGUCAUUGGAGCGACUGUGAUGGAGGGCUUCUACGUCAUCUUUGACCGUGCACAAAAAAGAGUGGGCUUUGCUGUUAGCACUUGUGCAGAAAACGGUGGUGUGCCAUUUGCAGAGAUCGCUGGGCCUUUCUUAGCCGAGGGCGUAGCGUCAGACUGCACAAGCGGCGUGUUUCUCAGGGAGCCGGUGAUGUGGGUGAUUGCGUACGCUCUGAUGGGCAUAUGUGGCUUGGUUCUGAUCGUACUCCUCAUCAUGCUCAUACUGCCUUGCCGACGACACAGAGACGGCGAGAUUACAGACGAGUCCUCGCUGGUGCGGCAUCGCAUCAAGUGACGUCAGGCAUCAACUGAAGACGAGGAGGCACCAACUCAGGAAAACAGGGCUGAAGGAGAUCAGAGCAGGUAACGGGGUGAACACACUGCACUGAGGUCCGGGUGAGAUUUCUGCGAGAUCACAUUUAUUCCUGUUUGUCUGGGUGGAAGAUGCUGGGAUUUGGACAUUUGUUGACACUUGUGGAUAUUUACGGUUGACUUAACUUUUUCAAGGGAGAGGAUAAAACUACUGAAGGAUGAAGGAAUCAUGAUUAUACAUGUGAUUCGUGUUAAAAGAAGAAAUCAUAAAUAGAAGUGCCAAAAUAUUGAAGUAAAUGGUGAUGUUGAUGCUUCAGUUUUCUCCAAAGUAUGCUGCUCUUUUCUUCAAUAUAAUUGAUUUAAUAAAACUACUGGAAAUCAGCAAUGGUCUCUCAGGGGCCUAAAUGAGGGUCAUGGUUCAGUGAAGUAAGUUUAUUUACUGUUCUUAUCUAGAGGCUAAGGCUUACUUUUAGAUGUGCCUGUUAGCAUUGCAUUGAAAGGAACAAUUCACCAAAAAAUGAAACUUGCCUUAAUAUACUCCACUAAGUUGUUCCAAACCUGUAAAAUGAAAAGGUUUAACAGAUUGUGAUGCUGCUCUUGCUCAUAAAGUACAAUGAAAGCAAUAGGGUGGGAUGCUGUUGAGGUCAAAUAUAACAAAAUUAUGCUUUUGUAUGGCUUCAGAAAACUUGUAAUUUAGCACAGAAGCUGUAUGGACUACAUUUAUGAUCUUUUUCAUUUAACAGUUUUCUGCCCUGACCUGUAUUUAGGAACUUUCGCCCAAAACGAACAACGCACAAUGAAUUAACAAUCCUGGUUUCACAUUUCACUGAGCAAAGAAUGCAGCAGAGUUCCUUGUACAGAGUUCCUUGUUACUUACAUUUAAAGUCUACUCAGAAUGUCAUAUAUAUAUAUAUAUAUAUAUAUAUAUAUAUAUAUAUAAAAAAUACUGAGUGAAUUCAUUAGGUCUCAUUCACUAAGCAUGCAUACACGCAUAAAGUCUACAAUCGUCUGAAGUCAUACAAACGAUUCAAAUGUGAGGUUUCUCUGAAUAACAGUGCAGGCAUACAUGUACAGUUGGCUAAUGAGAGGUUUGUAAACUGGGUUUGUAUAAAAGGUUUUUAUUGUGUUAAACUGGUCUUGAGGACUGUGCACUUGCCAUUGCUCAAGGAUCUGGAAGAGUGUGUCUGUAGAGAGGCAUAUGUUUGACGAAAGGCUGUAGUGCAGUUUUGCUGUGGUUUAUGCAAAUGACUAACUUUGUGUACGCGGCUGCUCAUUUUAAAUACUCCAGGUUAAGAACAAAUUUGUGUGCGUACGCAUGUGUUGUGAAUAAAGUGAAAAGCUUUCGUGAGAAGUUCUAAUGUGCAUGUAAAUACGAAUAAGCUAUGCAAUUGUUAGUGAAUGAGACCCAUUGUUUCGCUCCUUCAUGUUUGGUUCAUUUUAAAUGUGUUUGUGUGAUUGGUACAAUGAUGUCAUUCUUAGAACAUCAGAUCAGAUCACAAUCAUGAAGAUUUAAAAAAUUAGGGAAACUUUUCUCUGUUUUUAAGGCUGUGGCCUACUUGUGUAAUAUCAGAUUGAAGAUUUUUAUUGAAUUUCUCUAAACUUCUAAUGUGGGUAUUUAAGGAAGACUGGCAAAAGAGUGAUGAGAGAAUCUUUAGCCAGAACAGUUUUUAUUUCUAUUCCCAGGAAUGCAUCUCUGACUUAUUUUUAUGCUUUUAUGUUUUUUUUUGUGUAACUGAUUUUGGAUUGAUCUCUUAUUUCUUAAUUCUUUAAUUUACAUGUGUAGCCCUACCUGGUGAAUAAACUGUUAAACUUGA